AUGGAUCAAGCCCCCCUCAAGCCUGCAAAACCGUCGCGUUCCGCUGUGCCUCCGUCUCCUCCCCCUCCCCUCCCCCUCCCCCUCCCCCUGCACCUCCCCCAGCAUGCUCCCCUCCUCCCCCAACCCCUCCCCUCCCCUCCCUAUGGCCCGUGUCCAGUGCAGCCUGCUGGGGGCCAUGGGACAGUGCAGGAGCGUGGGCACAUGCAGAUGGCCACCGCCCCGGAUGCGGUGCCCACCGUCCCUCCUUCCCCUGCCCCCACCCUACCUGUCCCCGCCCUCACCACCUCUGCUGCUGCCUUGGUUGGGCAGCAGUGCAGCAAGUUUGAUGGAGCGCACAGCAGUGCACUCCCAGGGCUGUGCUCCAUCCAGUGGGCCUGCCCACUCACCACCAUUGCCACCCUGCCCAGCCCGGCACCUUCCUCUAUCACCCCAGCAUUCACCCCAGGCCCCACAAUGCUGCCUUUCACCAGUCUGGGGCCCAGAAACCUUGCCUCCGCCCCCACAUAA